AACCCUUAUAGAAGAGCCAACGAGAGCGAUCGAAGGCGAUGCAAAUCCUCCUAAAAGACUUCGGAACAAAUCAUCUGAUAAAGCGUUGACAAGCGGUCGUGUGAAGAUGAAAAGAAGCGUCCUCUACUCAUGUAUGAAACAACCGCCACUAAUUAAACAGCUAAAGAGAAUAUUAUCCGAGUACCCGGAUGGUGGUCAAAUACUUAAGGAGCUGAUUCAAAAUGCCGAAGACGCAGGUGCCAGAGAAGUCAAGAUCCUGCACGAUAAAAGAAGAAUUAAUCACACACCGAGCGAGGAGAGCGACGGAAGCGGGACAACACCUCUGUACACAAAAUUCUUCAAGAGCCCAGCACUGUGUGUGUAUAAUGACGCUGUUUUCACUGAGAACGACUGGGAAGGUAUACAGAUGAUUUAUAGCAGCAUAAAAGAGGAAGAUCCACUAAAAGUUGGAAGGUUUGGACUCGGAUUCAAGUCGGUUUUCCACAUAACAGACUUCCCUAGCGUCAUCAGUGGCGACAGAGUACUAUUGAUUGACCCUCAACAACCUACAGAGAAGGUAAAUGCUACACUUGACCUUUGUGGUCUAGAGGAUUAUAGGGAAGAAGGGCUAGACGCGGAAGCGUUUUGGAAUGCCUUAGAGAACACGUUUGGCCUAUGUAGAAGUACGUUGGGAGAAGAUGGUUUUCGAGGAACACUGUUUUGGUUCCCGCUUCGUGAAAAGACUUCCGAACUUUCAGAAACACUGUACAGUGAGACAAAAGUUAACAAUUUAUUUAACUCCGUUACAUUGGAAGCUUCAAAUAUUUUGCUUUUUCUGAAGAAUAUCGAACAAAUAUCGUUGCAUUCCCGAGACACCGAAACACCAAUAAAAGAAAUACUUAAAACUGAAAUUGAAGACAGGGAUGGUAUAGUAAGACAAUGUCGAAGUGCGUUUAAAGAUCGUAUAGAUGACGUGAAUUCAACCCCUGAAAGCCCUGAUAUACAUUUAACUUUGCAAGUGGUUAUACAUACAUCAUCUGUAGACGAAGUUAAAAGCACAGAAUGGCUGGUUGUUGACUACUUUAUACGAGAAAGUGCAUCGGAAAGUUUCAGACAUUUGAUACAAGACAGAAACCUAGGAUACAGCCCUUAUGUCGGAGUGGCGGUCCCGCUUGGUAGAAUGUCAGAAGAAUUUGAGGGACAUGUGUUUUGUUUUCUGCCAUUGCCGAGAGAAGGUGAAAGGUUGACAGGGUUACCAGUGCACGUGAAUGGGUUCUUCGCGCUUAGCCAAAAUAGACACCAUAUGAAGUGGGAAACCGAAGAACAAGAAGGAAAGCAAAUAGACGACAAGUCUAUUUUGUGGAACAAGGCUCUUAUUGAAGAAGCACUUCCGAAAGCAUAUGAAAUGCUAGUAUUAGAAUCUAUCAAAAUUGCAGAGAAGCGUUUAAACGGAGAAGCAUUUGUAACAGCCGUAUAUAACACGAUGCCUGUAUGCCAAAACUCGACAAGGAAAACGCGCAAAAAGUGGAUGAUGCUCGAAAAUAAACUUUAUGAAAAGCUCGAAAAUAGAAAUAUAGUUUAUGCAACACAGAAAAACGAGUGGAUUACAUUAAACAAAGCAAUCUUUUCAACGUUUAGGACAUUGCACGGGAAUGAAAUUGAUACUUCAAUGCAAGAGGCUAUCAUUAAAUGCUUACAUAAAAUUGGCUUGAAAUACGCCAAAGUGCCAACCUCAUUGUUUGACACAAUGCAGAUGCAUUUUCCAUACAUGAAGGACCUAACUCCUUCAUCCUUAGUGGUUCAUUUACAGGAACGAAACCAGUACAGAGAAAUGACAUGUGAAGACAAAAUACAAAUUUUGGCCUAUUUGCUACUAGUAGGGGAAGGCAAUUCAGUAAAUAUUAGAAACCUAGAGCUUUUACCUUUGGCCUCUAACCGUUGGACUGUAUUUAAUAAAACAAGUCAUCCCGUGUAUCUGUGUACAGAUGAAGCUGUGAAGAUGUUUCCUGGCUCGGAGGACAAACUUGUGAUGGAAUCAAGAAAGCUUGGAGUGCCACUCUCACAGAGCAUUGGAAGUAUAUGCACAUCAAAAGCAUAUCAAAUACAGAGGCUAAACGUUGAGUGUGCAAAGACUCUGCUGAAGCAAACAAUAGUUGACCACAUGGGACCCGGCACGAAUGUUCGUCUGACCACGGAUUCAAGCCUGACAGGUGAAUGGUUAGAAAGCGUUUGGCGUGUGCUCAUAGCCAAAAAUAUGGUAAAAUAUUUCAAAGAUAUUCCUCUAGUUCCUAUAUUGAUUCAAGGAAGCUGGAUUGAUCCACAUAUUAUAGAACUGGUGAGACUUUCAGAGUUCAUUAUUAUAAAGGAAUCAGAAGAUUCUCUCCUUGCAGAUGAUUUAUGUAACUGUCUACGGACACUAAAAGUACAGGUGCUGCCAAGCCUUCCAAAGUGGAUCCAUUUUGAAUCCAUCCAAAGAUUUGUUUAUCAGCCGACAAAAGAAAGCAUUUCUUCCCUGUUAAGUGCGGUGUACAAAAAGACGGGAGAUAUUGCUGUGUCAGAGUUUAAUACAGUAAGCCAAGUUAACAGCCAAAUUAGGGAAGCACUGACACAGUUUGCAUCUACCCUCGCUUACAUAGACAAAGAUGUAGUGAAAUUUCUCCGAAAGCUGAGAUUGUUUAGAGCCGUGCAUACCAUAGACGACAAAGGUCAAUAUACAGCUGUAGCCGAUGUACCUCGAUAUAUACACGAGGAUAUAAACUUCCCUGCCGGAGUUGAAUUGCCAUUCAACUGCAUAAAGCUGAGCAGGUCUGAAGAUAACUUCAUAAAGCAUCUGGAUGCGGAGAAUAUUUCGACAGAGUCUCUAGUUUUGGGUACCAUCCGAAACUUACUGUUGCAUAAAAAUCAUGAUCAGAUCUCAGUUUUCAUGAAAUAUUUUAUGGAAAACUUCAAUUUAUUUGAAACCAAUACCGAAAUAUGUGAAAAUGCUACACAAUUACCAUUUUUGAAAAUAGGGACGGAACUUCACAAACCUUCAGAUCUUUUUGAUCCGUCAAGUUCAUCACUUCAAAGAUUACUAUUUGGAGAAUCCCUAUUUCCAGAAAACUCAUAUGAAUACAGCAACGACGAAAUUCGGGUGUUAAAAAGGCUCGGUAUUAAAGGAAAAGACAAAAUAGAUGCUUCUAUCAUGCUACAAGUUGCAAAUACACUUAGUAUUUGGUCCAAAGAUGAUAAAAAAUCAAAUGAAUUGACAAGAAAAGCUGCCGAAUUUAUGGAAAUUUUAGUUCACUAUCCUGAUUUAUUAGAAACAUUUUGCAACGGAACAACAACUCUUGGCAAUGCUUUAAUGUCAGUUUCCUGUAUCCCGGUCAUACAGAAUUCACCAGUGGAUUAUCCUGAAGGUUUACCAUGGUUUUCGGAAAGAGUGAAAAUUUGUAAGCCAGAAGAAGCGAAAGAU